AUUAAACUUACCCCCAUACAGAUGAGGGGAAAUAAAAGCUGAAGAAUUUGAACGUCGCCGUUUUAGCCAGUUUAGCUUUUAAACUGUCGUUGAAAUCUUGUAUUUUGAUUAUUUUGAUUAUCCUGUAUGUGUGGUUGACGACUCAAGUUGGAAAAACGGCAUUUUAAGAAUCAGGACAUCACAUAUGAUCAAAUUUGGGUUCUUUUUCAGUUUUCCUUUUGAAUGGGCACAGUGGUCUGUAACACGACUUUAGUUUCUCCUACACGAACAAGAAUCUGCUCUUUCAGAAUCGUUAAUUCAUCUCCAUCAGUUGGCAUAUCAAGACAGCAAGCAUUAGACCAAGUGGACAAGGAACUAGCCAAAGGAGAUGAAAGAGCAGCGCUUUCCCUUAUCAAGGAUUUGAAGGGAAAGCCCAGUGGCUUGCGAUGUUUCGGCGCUGCAAGACAAGUGCCGCAAAGGCUUUACACAUUGGAUGAACUGAAACUGAAUGGAAUAGAAACAACUUCUCUUUUGUCCCCUGUUGAUACAACUCUGGGUUCUAUAGAAAGAAAUCUGCAACUCGCUGCUCUAAUUGGUGGGAUUGCUGCAUGGAAUGCUUUUGGGUUUAACCCACAACAAAUACUUUAUUUUUCUUUGGGAUUCUUGUUUCUAUGGACUUUAGACUCUGUCUCUUUUAAUGGAGGAGUUGGGGGUUUGGUUCUUGAUACAAUUGGUCAUACAUUUAGUCGGAAGUACCACAAUAGGGUUAUUCAACAUGAAGCAGGGCAUUUCUUGAUUGCCUAUUUGUUAGGCAUUCUUCCAAAGGGAUAUACAUUAUCUAGUCUGGAAGCUUUACAGAAAGAAGGAUCUCUUAAUGUUCAAGCAGGGACUGCUUUUGUGGAUUUUGAGUUUCUUGAAGAAGUUAAUGCAGGAAAAGUAUCAGCUACGACUUUGAACAGAUUCUCAUGCAUAGCACUAGCAGGUGUAAUAACUGAGUAUCUUCUAUAUGGAUAUGCAGAAGGAGGCCUUGCUGAUAUAAAUAAGUUGGAUUUGCUGCUUAAUGGCUUGGGAUUCACACAGAAGAAAGCUGAUUCUCAAAUUAGAUGGUCUGUGCUAAAUACUGUCUUAAUUUUACGUCGCCAUGAAAGAGCUCGAGCUAAACUUGCAGAGGCCAUGUCUAUGGGAAAAUCUGUAGGAUCUUGCAUUGCCAUCGUAGAAGAUAAUAUAGAUGAUGCAGACAUCUAGGUUUAGUUCAUACAAAUACUAUCCUUUGUAAAUUUUUCUCUCCUAGACAAAAUCUGUCAUCACUUGUGAAUUACAUAUUUUUAUGUUGCUUCUAGAAAAGUAAAUCAAAAGAGAAAUUGUAUGAACAGACUAGGUGUUGUGUGAUUGAUAUUUUAUAUCGAUUAAAAAAAUGAUAUUUAGAAUGUUUAAUUAAAA